AGGAGAAAUAGUGAUCCAAAGAAACUAAAGAGACGCCCCGCGUGUGAAUCUGCACCGCUGCCCUGUGUGUGUGUGUCGUCGAGGGACGUUUGGACGCGCAGAGGCAGUUCUGAGUGAGGACGGAGCAGCUCCAUUGUCCCUGUAUCCACGGGCUCAGGCUCCAGCAGCCUCCCUCACCCCCAGUCAGGCCAGUGAAGUUCUACCUCCGACCCAGCUGAGAUGGCUCCCACCCUGGCCACAGCCUUCUCCCGCCGCUGGUGGAUGGCGGUGACGGCGGUCAUCGAGAACCUGCUUUUCUCCGCUGUGCUGCUGGGCUGGGGAUCCCUGCUCAUCAUGCUCAAGUCUGAAGGCUUCUACUCCUACCUGUGCCAAGGGCCAGAAAACAGCUCCAGCCUCAACCUCUCCAACACCAGCACAUCUAAGCCUUCUCAUUCUGAGGAGUACCUGGAGAUGAACGGCUGGCCCAUCUGCAAGGACCAGGACGAGAUGCUGAACCUGGCCUUCACUGUGGGCUCCUUCCUGCUGUCUGCCAUCACCCUGCCCAUGGGCAUCGUCAUGGACAAAUACGGUCCGAGGAAGCUGCGACUUCUGGGCAGUGCCUGCUUUGCUUUCUCCUGCCUCCUCAUUGCCUAUGGUGCCAGUGAUCCCAACAAUCUGUCCAUCCUGAUCUUCUUUGCUUUGGCAAUGAACGGGUUUGGAGGCAUGUGCAUGACCUUCACGUCUCUGACGCUCCCCAACAUGUUUGGAGACCUGAGGUCGACCUUCAUCGCUCUGAUGAUUGGCUCCUAUGCCUCCUCUGCCGUCACUUUCCCCGGCAUCAAGGUGAUCUAUGAUCUGUGUGCCACCUUCAUCACCAUCCUCAUGGUCUGGGCCGCCUGCGCCUGCCUUGUCUUCCUCAACUGCUUCGUCAACUGGCCUUUGGAGCCUUUCCCUGGCCCGGAGGACAUGGACUACACGGUGAAGAUCAAGUUCAGCUGGCUGGGCUUCGACCACAAGAUCACAGGGAAGCAGUUUUAUCGUCAGGUGACCACCGUGGGGCGCCGCCUCAGCGUCGGCAACUCCAUAAAGCAGCAGCACCAGCCGCCCAAGGACCUGGCCACGCAGGAGGCCAACAAGCUCUGCCUGUCCACCGUCGACCUGGAGGUGAAGUGCAAGGCCAAGGAGGAGACUCCGUCCUUCAUGAAGAGUAUCUUCAGUCCCAUCUUCUUGCUGAGCCUUAUCACCAUGUGUGUGACCCAGCUGCGCCUCAUCUUCUACAUGGGAGCCAUGAACACCAUCCUGGAGUCCCUGACAAGCGGACACCUCGGCACAGUGAGUGUCUACACGUCCAUCUUUGGCGUGCUCCAGCUGUUGUGUCUGGUCACCUCUCCUGUGAUUGGCUACGUCAUGGACUGGAGGCUCAAAGACUGCGAGGAUGACAAUGACAAGUGUUCCAAGAGGGAGCCUGGUCAGCCCCGUCGGCCUGACAAACAGAUUCAGAAGAUCGUCAACGCCACCAGAGCCUUCAUCUUCACCAACCUACUCCUGGUUGGCUUUGGAGUCACCUGUAUCAUCCCUAACCUGCCCCUCCAGAUUCUGUCUUUCAUCCUGCACACUAUUGUCAGAGGGUUCAUCCACUCGGCGGUGGGAGGCCUCUAUGCUGCUGUGUACCCGUCCUCUCAGUUCGGCAGCCUGACCGGCAUGCAGUCCCUGAUCAGUGCUCUGUUCGCCCUGCUCCAACAGCCUCUCUUCAUGGCCAUGGUGGGACCCCUGAAUGGAGACCCCCUAUGGGUGAACGUGGGCCUGUUGCUGCUGAGCAUGCUGGGAUUCUGCCUGCCCCUCUACCUGCUCUGCCACAGCCGCCACCUCCAGCGCCUCAGAGACGAGCAAGACGAGGAUCCCAAGAUCUAUGUCAAGAUCAACAACGGCAGCAAGCCCGAGGCCUUCGUCUAGACUGGGAGGAACAGAGGGAAAGAUGAUCUUUUGAAACACGGAGAGGACGAGCUACACUACACAAAGACAGGGACAAGAGAAGAAGAGAGGGGAGGGGAGAAUGGGUCAGGUGUGAUAAAUUCCUUCACCUUGACCUCCCUGAUGCUGCAGCACCUCUCUCAUUUCACCUGCAUUCAUACGACUCACAAACCCCCCACAUUCCCCACUCGCACCAUUUAACUGCCAAUCAUACGUGGUCAACUAUGACUGCACACCACUGUGACACCGUUUCACCCUCUCUGAUACUAUACACUGUGAGACACCUGACACACACACACACACACACACACACACACACACACACACACACACACACACACACACCUAUUAACGCCCCAUGGAGAGGUCCCACUCCCUCUACUGCAUCUCUGAACUGAGGACAAAAUAAAUAGACUGAUGGGAGAAAGAAGCAGUGGUGGACUUCUCCCCAAACGAUUCCUCUACACAUCUUUUCUUCACUCUUGUCUGUUUUAUUUCUUGCUGUUAAAUCUGUCACUGACUGGUUUGCCAGUUCUAUUUAAAAAAAAAAAAAAACAUAGAAGAGAAGAUGCCAGCCAAUGGAAAACCACAGUGAGGAGAGUUUGGAUGAGACAAACGUAAAAAAAAAAUGUCAGUGACUCAGUAUGUACAGCAGUGACAAUGGUGCCAUUUGCUUUCCCAUUGGUCCAGGUUUAUCUGAGGUGCUGUUCACCCAGGUAACUGUCACCACCCCCUCCAACAGCACAAGCCAGUUUUUAAUAGGGACAAAAAAGAACACACACACACAUACAUCACUAGCACCCUUGGCCAUGGCAUCUCUGCUUCCUCUUGUGCUGGAGGGCAUUAACCGAAUAAGCAUCAGGCAGACAGCAGUAUUGGUAGCAGUUCAGAGUGAAACGCGCAGUAUGAUGGCUUUUAAACAGGACUCACCGGUAUGUUAGUGAUGAAGACACUGCAGCAUCUCUGCGCGUGUGUUACAUAAUGCAGUGUGAGAGAAACUGCUUUCUGGGGUUGGAUAAUCUACACUGCAUGAUGCCAGCGACAGUGCUGGCCCUAUAUUACUGUUUCUCUUAGUCACUGUAGUGCAGGAAGACACACUCAUGAAUUCCUUUUGUGUGUUGGAAUAUGUAAUCAUUUUUUUUUCAACAUGUAUUUACUUGCAAUAUGAUGACAGAUGUGUUGUUAAAUCUUUGUACCCUAUACAUGAUGUGACGAUGUGGAGGAGGAAGUGUGUUUAGAGUAGGUAGACGGGACAAAGAUAUUAGACGUGGUGUGUUUUUAAAGGUGGGAGUGGCGUAGAGGUGGAGCCUCUGCGUUAUUCUGCCUGCUACAUCAUAGUCUCGAUUCGUUGUAGCAAUAAGUGCUUCUGUGAGGUGCUGGGCAACAUGUUGACACACAAUCACACACACAGGCAAACGUGUACAUUUUAUGGACUGUAUUUCUAAAUCAAAAAGGUGCUAGUUGAAUUACAGAGAUGUGUUUUUUGCUUUUUGCUUUAAGGGGCGGCUGAGGUCAUUUUACCACAAAGGCAGUUGCUCAAAAGAGCUGUUUCUUUAUUUGUUGGCACAGUGGAUUCCAAAGAGCCAAUCUAGUUACCACUUCAAAUGACUACUUUGCUCUUGGUUUCUUAUCGGUUUUGCGGUAAUUCUUAACACAAAGUGCACCACAGCAGCAGCUCGGGGAAACUUGAAUUCACCUCUUAUAGACAUAAAGGGAGAUUUGCUUGAAGGUAGCAGGCUGAUGCAGACACAUUCCUCCAGCUUCUGAGAAAAGUUUGGUGUCAUGAGACUCAGACAAUAAAGAGUCCAGAACCAAAGCACAGAGUGUGUAGAGAAUGAAAUUUAUAAUAAUUGCUGUUUGGCUCAGCCUGCUGUCUUCAAAUGCCAUACAGAGAAGCUCCUCGGAUAUUUUUCCUGCCUGGCAGUAACUCACAGAGGCACUUCCAAAGACAGCCAUGACCCUCAGAGUGCCUCUCUAUGUGUACAGAUGAUGGGAGGAGUGGAUCCAGGCAGGAUGUGGUGCACCCAGUCCCUUUCUCCCUCCAUCUAUCCAUCCAUCUAUCGACGUCAUCCAUCCAUCUGCAAAACAUGUCUUGAAAUAUUGAGCGAUGACAGGUGUCAGAACUGAGAGACAGGUCUCUGCUGCUAUCAGAUGCUCCUAAUGAAUGACUAAGUAAGAAAUGAAUGGCACAUGAUGCACUUUAGACCUCUAGAAAUGGACCUCAGUCAUGUAUAUCUGAAUGGCCUGCCCACAUGUAUCGUACACGCAGUGCAUGGCUGCAUACUGGUGGUGCAUGAUGCAAAGAAUGUAUACUCAGAGCUUCGGAUACAGAUUUUUAAUUCAGUACAUGGGAAUGGAAAAAUGCUAUUAUUUUUUUAUAUUCAAAGAAAAAACUUUUGCUUCACAUGUUCAUUAUAUUGCCUUUAUGUGCACAGAGAGUGUAGCAGAGGCUUGUCUCUCAGUUCUUUCAUAAGUGUGGACAUACCAAUCAAAACUGUAGACAUAUUCAUCCUCACUAAACUGCAUGAAUUUGUUAUCUGUAAAGGAGCAGAGAGAAUUGUACGGAGUAAAAUCAUUUAACCGUGUUUAGUCUGGUGACAAAUGUGAAGAAGCUUUUGUAAAGUGGAAAAAAUAUAAAUUUGUAAUUAAAUUUUUUUGAAUAGAAAACUAAAUUCACAUUUGUACAUUUCUAUGCAUGACAAAUUAGAUGCUAUCUAAUGCACAGCUGGUAGACAGCUGCGGAGGAAAAAUAAACCAUGCAGGAGAAAGUAAUGAAUUCCCACAACAGCAGCACAUUUAUAUAAAAAGACACUUUUUGGUUAUAGAUCUUUGCAAAACAUCCGAGCCCUGACCUGUCUAAGACCAAAACUUUAGUUUUUAAAUCAAUUUAGACCAGAUAGUGUGCAUUUGUUCAUCCAUCCAUCCAUUUUCCACCAUUUAUCUGGCUCUUGGUUGUGGUGGCAGUAGCCCAGAUGUCCAACUCUCCCUGGGGCAAGAGCGGUAGAAUGACUCAAAUGCAUGUUAGCUGUUUCUAAACACCCAUUUGUACAUGAGAGAUACAGCAAUAUGAUUACGUGCAUGGAAAUGUACGAAUGUGGAUUUAUUUCCAGUGCGCACAUCUUUUAUUACAAGUGUACAAUUUUUGUUUUCACUUCCCAAAAGCGUAUUGACAUUUGCAAUUCUUCUAAAAUAACGGCACUAAUUUAACUCCCAUCUUGUAGCGUGAUGGUGUGUCUCAGAACUAAUAUUCCUGUGUUUUGACAUUUAACAGGCAGGUACAGAUAUACUCUGAUGCGGUACUUUUCCUCCAGCUCUGUGAAUGUGAGUGAUGAUGGACACACGUUUUUUUUUUUUUUUUUGCCUGGUAACCCAUCCUCAACUCGCUCUGUGGCUUAACAUGAACUUAUCUCAUUGACAGACUGGUUUCCUUAAGCCUGUGAAUUGAAGUCACAUGUAACGUCAUGUGAAAAUGGAGCCUGGGUGUUUGAGUGAUGAGCUACCAGGUGAAGCCUUCAUUCCCUUGAAAUGGGAAACUAAUCAGCACUUUCCUUCACUGCUGUACCUUAAACAACUCACCCCGUCCUCCAUACCAUCACCUUCCCGGUCUCACCCCAACCUCCUAGGAUAGGGAUUCUACGGUAGUUUGGUUUAUUGACUGAUGUAUUGAUUAAUUGCUACUCUGAAGAUGAACCCUAGCUUCGGCUUUGCUUGCGGGUGUUGUUGUGUGUGAUGAUAGGAAAUAGGGGUUUCAGCUGGAACACAGACGCCUUGUUUCCCUCCCCGGGCAUGUACCUUUUGUAUUUUUUCUACCUGCCAUACUCCAGUUUAGUUUUGUUGUCUUUUAUUGUCUGAUGUUUACGAGAAUGUGUAUUUUCAUGGUCUUAUAUUGUAUAUUUUGGGGGGGGGUUUUGUGUUGUACCACAGUAUAGCCAUUGUUAUUGACAUUUCAAGUCAUAUUGUUUCAACUGAAAGAAAAAGACAGAUCAAUAUAUGAAGCAUAAUAAACACAGUAAUUUGUA